UCCGUUUUCUCCACCGAAAAAACGCAAAACCUUUGUGCUGUGCAAGCAAAUCAAGAGAGAGAGAGAGAAAGAAGAAGAAGAAGUUGAGAAUGGCGGCUACCGUUUCUGCGUGGUCGAAGCCAGGUGCUAGCAACAAUAACGAAACUGCCCUCACCGGAAAACCACUAGCCGACUUCCCAUCUUUGGCCGCGGCGGCCGCCGCAAAACCCAAGAAGAAGAAAGGCCAGACCUUUUCCCUUGCUGAGUUCACUGCCGCCAAAACCGACUACCAAGAUCCCAUCGUGCUCCCCACCGGUCCGCGCCAGCGCACCGCCGAGGAGCUCGACCGCGACCGCAACCGUCUUGGCGGAGGCUUCAGGAACUACGGCGGUGACCGCGCCAACAGAAGCUCCGGUGGUGGUGAUGAUUCCUCCAAUUCGAGGUGGGGUUCCUCUAGGGUUUCUGACGAGCCGAGGCGGAACGGUGGGUUUAGGGAUUCGAAUCGCGAAUUGGCUCCUUCCCGCGCCGACGAGAUUGAUAAUUGGGCCGCCGCGAAGAAAUCAACGGUCGGUAACGGUUUCGAGAGGAGGGAAAGGGAUAGAGAUAGGGAAAGGAGCGGUUUUUUCGAUUCCCAAUCGCGUGCUGAUGAAUCCGAUAGUUGGGUUACGAACAAGAGUUCUGUGCCGUCAGAGAGUCGGAGAUUCGGUUCCAACGGCGGUUCUGGUGGUCUUGGGUUUGAAAGAGAGAGGAAGGUAGGGUUUGGGUCUAGCGGCGGCGCAGAUUCUGAUAAUUGGAACAAGAAAAAGGUUGAAUUUAACGGUGGAAGUGAGAGGAGUGAGGGUGGUGGUGGGAGACCUAGGCUUGUUCUGCAACCUCGUACAUCGCCUGUGAACAAUGAGAGCCAGGAGGGUGCUGGUAAUGGUAAUGGUAAUGUGGUGAAACCAAAGGGUCCGAGCCCAUUCGGCGAGGCGAGACCGAGGGAGGAGGUGCUGGCGGAGAAGGGGCAGGAUUGGAAGAAGAUUGAUGAGCAGCUUGAGAGCAUGAAGAUUAAGGAGGCUGCUGAGAAAAAAGAGAGUUUUGGAAAGAGGGGUUUUGGUUCUGCCAAUGGACGUGGUUCUAGUUUGUCUGAAGCCAGGGCUGAGCGGAGUUGGAGGAAGCCGGAAUCCGAGACCGAGAGGAAGGCAGAAUCUGAGACCGAGAGCAAGCCGGAAUCUGAUGAUGGUCGUCCGAAAAGUGCUGAUUCUGAGAAAAUGGAGGAUGAACAUGUUGAAGAAAACUGAGGAGCUGUCAAUUUUGUCCCUGCUGAGUGAUAACAGUGUUGGAAAGGAAAAAGGAACAUUGGAUAUCAAAUUUUUUUGUUUACCAUUGAAAGUUUUGUUCUGAACUUGUGUUUAUUAUGAGACACUGUACUGAAACUGUUGAAAAAGAUAAUUUUAAUAGGUUUGCUUUAGGUAGUCUUUACUCUCUAGUAUUUAAUUUAUGUCUAUGUUGGUAACCAAAUUUGUCACUGUUACUCUGGUUGUCUCACUAUUUUAUAAUAUGUACAAGUUUUCUA